ACUGCAAGUCUAAUCUCUGACUCUACCUUUGCCUUUCCCUUUCGCCUUUAAUUGGCUUGCAGGGGGUAAUUUCUUGACUUUCCAUACACUUUGGCUUUCUAAUUCUUUUACCUUGAAACUUACUUAUAUGGCUCUCCAUUCCCCUUAAUAAUAUCCACUCUCUCUCUCACACACACAUACUGUAUGACUAUGCACUAAUAUUCUUAUAUAUCACCAAAGAACCAAACCAUAUAUCACCAAAUUAACUUUCUCCUACGCCAAAACAUCAUUCACUAUGGCAGAUCCUCAGUCCAAUUUGUUCCAUGAAUGGUUCAACUUCAUGCUCCUCCACCCUCACUACUCUUCUUCUCAACCCUACCCUCUUGCUAAUUACUCAAACAACAGGUUUGGAAUUCAAUUACAAGGAGCCUCAUCUUCUUAUUUGGCUCCUCCUCCUUCUUCCCCUCCUCUCAGAGAGGCCCUUCCUCUGAUAAACAAGAUAAGCUUCACACAUCAGCAGCAAAACGAACCCUCAAAUGUUACGGAAGAGAAAGAAGAGGACAAUAACAAACAUGAAAGUGCUGAAGAUGGUGAUGAGGAAACUGUGACUGUUGCCCUACACAUAGGGCUUCCAAGAAUGGAUAUUUCUUCUGAUCUGGGGUCAUCAAGGGUGGUCUCAACUUGUAUGGAAAUGGGUGAAAAAGAGGAAGUGAAUAUGAUUUCUGAACAGCCUUUGGAUAGAUUGAACAAGGGUCAGUAUUGGAUUCCCACCCCUUCACAGAUUCUCAUUGGUCCUACACAGUUCCCAUGUCCUGUGUGCUCUAAAACUUUCAACAGAUACAAUAAUCUUCAGGUACGGUGGUCUCAUUCACAUAAGUAAAAGUAAUCAGCCACCCCUCUUGUCUUGUUUCUGUACUUUUAUCCUUGAUUAUAAAAUAUCCUUAAUUUCCAAUUUUGUUUUAAUAAUUAUAACAUUGAAUCAGAAGGUAUAUAGGCCCCUCCUUGUGUGUUUCAUCAUUUUUGUUUCCUAUAUCGGCCUUUUGCAUGGUCUUCUUUCGUUCUUUUGUUCUUUUGUUCUUUGUUUCUGAUCUAGGUGACUAUUUGGUCUCGAUCUCAGUACCUAAAUUAAGUUUUGUUUUGUUUGAAAACUUGAAGUCUCUUCCUUCUGCUUUUAUGUCACCUAGAACAUUGUGCUGCACCAGACUGCAAAGUGCAAAUGAAUGGAAAGUAAAACAAAUUAUUAAUAACAAUGCUUCUCUCAUAUUCAGAUUCAGAUGUUCCUCGAGAAAGCCUGAAAGCCUGAACUUAAUACAGCCUUUUCAAAGCACAGCAAACGGUAAAAGGGAAAAAAAGAAAAUUGUUAUUGAUAGACUUGUGUGUGAUGAGAUCAUUAAUUUCCUUAUCAGAUGUCUUAAUAAUAAAGAGCCAGUCCCACGUACCCCAGACACAAUUUAAGUAGAAUUAAGAAAACAUAGUUAUAUGUCUGAACAGUUAACCUUUUUAAUUUGUAAAAAUUUUGUACGAAUUUAGGUCACUGCUAAAGUGUCAUCUUAUUGUGGAAAUAAGAAAUUAAUUACUUGAAAAGUUGCUGGGAGACUAUGGUACUUACCUUUCAAUUUGUCUACUUGCCUUUUUAUUUUUAUCAUAUGGCCUUCCAAAUUUGCAUAGGAAUAUGAAGGAGAAGCCACAAGAAACUAGGUUGCUUUGUACCUGUAUUCAAUUUUAUAUGGCCUUCACUAGAUGGUUUCCCUAGUCAAUUACUUUUUAGGGAGCUAUGAAACAAAUUAAAGCCCACAGAAUUUGUAUAUGUAUCUAAUAUAUAUUGUUCAGUAAAACUCUCAUAUUGUACAUGCACCUUUAUUUCUCUUUCUGAGAAAACUUGGUUUCCAAUUUUAUUGUUGUAUAUGAAGUAAUAUUGGAAGCAAAUUUGAACCUUUGAUUAUAAAUUUCAUAACUAGGCAUGAUAAAUCAUUUAUUGUUGUAUAUGAAGUAAUUGGAAACAAAUUAGAACCUUUGAUCAUAAAUUUCAUAACUAGACAUGAUAACUUUAAAGGUACAUCAGAAUACGAUUUGAUUC